GCGCGCGUGCCGGCGGGCGCUCGGGGGCGCGCACGGGGGAGGGGCGCGGACCCCCGCGGGCCUCCCGGAUCUCCGCGGAGGCGGCGUCUCAGGUCUGUGCGCGGCCCGGGCCUCGACCCUGGGAGGGGUCUGCGCGGGAGACGUAAGUGAAAGGGUCGGAGGCCUCGAUGUUUGAGUAGACAAGAAACCAUGAGUGGAGGAUCUCAAGUACACAUUUUUUGGGGUGCUCCAAUUGGUCCAUUGAAAAUGACAGUAUCACAGGAGCCCACUUCUUUAGUGUCCACCACGGACCCCUGGAAAAAGAUUCAGCUUUUAUACAAUCAGCAUUCUUUACAUCUGAAGGAUGACAAAUGCAAGCACAAAAAUCUUGAAGACUGUCAGGUCCUAGACGCUGCUGGCCCUUCAGAUCUCCUUAACGGUCAUUUUUUAGCAAACUCUGUGAAUAGAUCUGCUCAUGUGAAGGAUGACUUUGUACAUUGUAUUUCUGAAACAGAGACCACAAAAUCCCACAAGAUUCCCCCGUUAGAGAUGAGUGGUAUACCUAACUCUGAUGUGCAAAUAUGUGGAUUUAAGGGCAGAGUUCAGCAUUUGACUGAGGAAGAAAAGUGUCAACAGCUUUUCAGUGAAAAUAAGAAAAUCGCAGAUGAACAGCAUAAAGAUCAGUCAAAUAUAUGUGGCCAAAACUUUCCAAAAAAUUCCCUUCACUUGGAUCCUAAGUGUGCAGCUAUACUGGAUUUGGUCUGUGGUACCGAACAGAUUAACAUAGGGCCAGGAGCUGCUGAGACAAAGCGUGUGCCAACAGGACAUCGUGAAAGACAAACCCAGCGUCUGGAAUUCUUUCCUUCUAGCACAGUAGACGAGCCAAGAUCUGAAAGAGCAGCGAGGAAGGACUCAGCCCUCAACAUAUCUACUGAUACUGAAUUUCUCAGUGUAAUGACCUCUAGCCAGGUUGCCUUUUUAGCUCAAAGGAAGUAUAAAGGGCAGAAUUCUGUAAAUAAAGGAAUUGUAAACAUGGAGAUUGAACCAAAGGCGAGUCACGGGGAAAUGAGAAAAAGGGAAGAUAAUUUGAUAAAGCCGAAUGAUGGUUUUGCAGAAGGAUCUGAAAGUGGACAAACCGAAGCAUAUUCCCUUGAACUUUUUAGUCCUGUUUGUCCUGAAACGGAAAGUAGCAACAUUCGCAUAAACUCUGAUAAAGGUCUUGAAGAAAAUACAGGAUCCCAAGAACUUUUCACUUUUGAAAAUAAACUGCUACCAGAUGAGAUAUGUAUUGAGUCCUGUAGCUCGGGAAUACUGUGUUCCCAAGGAAAUACCUUCCUCAAAAGUUCUGGUAAAAGAAAUCGGACCUCUGAAGAUAAACUGGGGCAUUCUAAAGCUCUGUCUAAGGUCCUCCAAGAAUCUAAGAAAAUGAAGUUGGUUUCUAAUGCAAGAGAUCCUCCUGUAGAAAUGGGCCAGAGGAAUGUGUCUAAAUUUCACGGGGUUAAAAAAACAUCAUUAAUCAAAAAUUGUGGUUCUAAAAGUCAGAAGUAUAAUUGUCUAGUCAUGGUGUUAUCUCCAUGUCAUGUGAAAGAAAUAAAUAUAAAAUCUGGACCAAAUUCUGGCUCUAAAGUGCCUUUAGCAACAAUUACGGUGAUUGACCAAUCAGAAGUCAAGAAGAAGGUUUUUCUGUGGAGGACGGCAGCGUUUUGGGCAUUUACAGUGUUUCUUGGAGAUAUAGUUUUACUCACAGAUGUUACUAUUCACGACGAUCAUUGGGUUGGUGAGAGAGUGCUACAAUCAACAUUUACCAGUCAGUUAUUAAAUCUUGGGAGUUAUUCGUCCGUCCAGCCUGAGGAAUAUUCCAGUAUGGUUAGCGAUGUGGUCCUUCAAGACUUACUGGCGUAUGUGUCUUCGAAACAUUCUUAUCUCAAAGAUCUUCCUCAGAGGCGGCCUCAGAAAAUGAACAGUAUAGAAUUUGUAGAACUAGCGUGCCUUCGGCCCGAUAUUUUAGUCCACGCAGUGGUGAGAGUUGUUGAUAUCACUGUACUGACAGAGGCAGUGUACAGCUACAGAGGGCAGAAGCAAAGGAAAGUUAUGUUAACAGUGGAACAGACCCAAGGUCAACAUUAUGUGCUUGUAUUAUGGGGUCCUGGAGCCGCCUGGUACCCUCAACUUCAAAGGAAAAAAGAUUAUAUUUGGGAAUUUAAAUAUCUUUUCGUUCAGCGCAAUUGUGUCCUAGAAAACCUAGAAUUGCACACAACGCCUUGGUCAUCCUGUGAGAGCCUGUUUGACGAUGACAUAAGGGCGGUUACAUUUAAGGCAAAAUUUCAAAAAAGCACGUCCUCCUUUGUGAAGAUGUCAGAUUUAGCGGUACACCUGGAGGAUAAGUGUUCAGGAGUGAUUCUAAUCAAAGCCCAGAUUUUAGAGCUCGUGUUUCCGACGACAGCAGCUCAGAAGAUAGCUCUAAACGCUCGCAGCUCUCUGAAGAGUAUUUUCUCUUCUCUCCCCAACAUCGUAUACACUGGCUGUGCAAAAUGUGGACUGGAACUAGAAACAGACGAGAACAGGAUCUACAGGCAGUGUUUUAGCUGUUUGCCAUUUACUAUGAAGAAAAUAUACUAUAGGCCAGCUUUAAUGACCAUAGCUGAUGGAAUAUAUAAGGUGUGCGUCCAUGUAGGAUCACAGCUGAUAGAGAAGAUUCUUCUCGACAUUUCUCCUGACUGGCUCAGUAGAGCUAUAGCGCCCCCCGCAGAGGUCACCUAUGGCAUGGUCGCCGCCGACUUGCUCCACGCCUUGCUGGCGGGCGGCGGGGCCCCUUGUGUGGUGAAGGUGCAGAGCCUCUUCCUGCUGGACGAAAACAGCUACCCCCUGCAACAGGAUUUCUCGCUCCUAGACUUUUACCCCGACAAUGUGAGCCCGCCUCCCAGGCCUUCCCUGAGACCAGGGGAAAAAAUUGCAGGCGCUUCGAGGACAAUCCCUGAAAUGGUGCGUCUUUUGAAAUAAAUGAAUGACGCGGCUUGGGCUGAGGGGUUUAAAUAAAUCUAUUUUAUGAAGAGAACUGUGCUAAAUAUAUAAAUUAAAACUGUUUUUCUAAGAAAA